UCACAAGAGUGCUGCAUGGAUUCAUAUAUUCUACUGAAGAUGCCACAAGCAAAUUACAUUGUUCUUAAACAGCUCAUUCGUGUGCUAUUAAAAAUUAAAACUUCUGCCAAGAAUACUCUAGACAGCUUCAUCUUAUCUAUCCGUAUAGCCCCACAUGUGUUAUGGGAUCAGACUUGUGUGAACUCAUUAUUUGGAAGUGACAUUCCAAAAAAGAUCUCUGUUAUACAAAUCAUGAUUGAUAACUUUGCAGAUAUAUUUGGAGAAGAUGACCCUAUAAUUUGUGACAACAGUCAGAAGAGGUCAGAUGACAUAAAGACUACAGUAAAUACUGCUGCAGGGGACAACGAAACAACUGCAACAUAUGACUUUCCACAAAGGAAACUUCCUCAUGACUAAAGAAGGUUCCUGUCAUUCUAUUUCAAUAAAAGAAACAACUUCAAUUAUACAUUUACCCAUAUUAUUUAUUACAAAUAGAUUCACUCACUAUUUAUUUCAAGUUAUGUAUUACAUAUUCUUAUCUAUUAUAAUAAAUUGAAUUAAAUUGUUA